UCGGCGGCGCGGGGCGGCUGUAGCAGCGGUGGCGGCAGCCGCGUCGACGUCGCCCAACACUGGAGCGACGUUUAAAGAAGGAGCCGAAUCGCCGUGCCGUCCGGCUGCUUGUCGUUGGCGGACUCCCACCCUUCUGCACGGCCCGGCGGGGAGCGGCGGCGGCGCCGGGGAGCAGGCAUGGAGAGUAGAAAACUGAUUUCCGCUACAGACAUUCAGUACUCUGGCAGCCUGCUGAACUCCUUGAAUGAGCAGCGUGGUCAUGGACUCUUCUGUGAUGUUACUGUUAUUGUGGAAGACCGAAAAUUCCGGGCUCACAGGAAUAUUCUUUCAGCGUCUAGUACUUACUUCCAUCAGCUCUUCUCAGUUGCUGGGCAAGUUGUUGAGCUGAGCUUUAUAAGAGCAGAGAUCUUUGCAGAAAUUCUCAAUUAUAUCUAUAGUUCUAAAAUUGUUCGAGUUAGAUCAGAUUUACUUGAUGAGUUAAUAAAAUCAGGGCAGUUAUUGGGAGUUAAAUUUAUAGCAGAACUUGGUGUUCCAUUGUCACAGGUUAAAAGCAUCUCAGGUACAGCUCAGGAUGGUAAUGCAGACACCUUACCGCCUGGUUCUAGUGACAAGAAUGUUGAAAUGCAAAAAUCAAAAGAUGAUGCCCAAGAUAAUGGGGCCACUAUCAUGCCUAUUAUAACAGAAUCUUUUUCUUUAUCUGCUGAAGAUUAUGAAACAAAAAAGAUUAUUGUUACCGAUUCUGAUGAUGACGAUGACGAUGAUGAUGUCAUUUUCUGCUCGGAGAUUCUGCCUGCAAAGGAGACUUUGCCAAGUACCACUGCAGUGGCCCAGGUCCAGCCUAACCCAGGCUCUGUUGCUAUUUCUGAUGUUGCACCUUGUGCUAGCAAUGACUCUCCGCCGUUAGCAAAUAUCACACCUAGUCAGAAACUUCCUACUUCUGUGAAUCAGGCAACUCUCAGCCAAACACAAGGAAAUGAAAAAUUGCUGGUAUCUUCAGCCCCGACACAUCUGACUCCCAACAUUAUCUUGUUAAAUCAGACACCACUUACUACGCCACCAAGUGUCAGUUCUUCACUUCCAAAUCAUAUGUCUCCUUCAAUCAAUUUACUUGUGCAGAAUCAGCAGACACCAAGCAGCGCGGUUUUAACAGGAGGCAAAGCCAAUGAAGAAGAGGAGGAGGAAAGUAUAGAUGAUGACGAUGACACUAUUAGCUCCAGUCCAGAUUCAGCAGUCAGUAAUACAUCUUUGGUCCCACAGGCUGAUAUCUCCCAAAAUACUACAUUUGAUGGAUCAUUGAUACAGAAGAUGCAGAUUCCUACACUUCUGCAAGAGCCACCUUCCAAUUCUUUAAAGAUUUCAGAUAUAAUAACUAGAAACACGAAUGAUCCAAGUUUAGGAUCAAAACAUCUAACGGAGGGUCAGAAGAUCAUUACUUUAGAUACAGCUACUGAAAUUGAAGGCUUGUCAACAGGUUGCAAGGUUUAUGCAAACAUUGGCGAAGAUACUUAUGACAUAGUAAUCCCUGUCAAAGAUGACCCUGAUGAAGGGGAGGCCAGACUUGAGAAUGAAUUGCCAAAAACUUCUAGUGGUGAGACGGCAAACAAGCGUAUGAAAGUAAAACAUGAUGAUCAUUAUGAAUUAAUAGUAGAUGGAAGGGUCUAUUAUAUCUGCAUUGUAUGCAAAAGGUCAUAUGUCUGCCUGACAAGCUUGCGGAGACAUUUCAACAUUCAUUCUUGGGAGAAGAAGUAUCCUUGCCGUUACUGUGAGAAGGUAUUUCCUCUUGCAGAAUAUCGCACAAAGCAUGAAAUUCAUCACACAGGGGAGCGAAGGUACCAAUGUUUGGCCUGUGGCAAAUCAUUCAUAAACUAUCAGUUUAUGUCUUCGCACAUAAAGUCAGUCCAUAGCCAAGAUCCUUCUGGAGACUCGAAGCUUUAUCGUUUACAUCCAUGCAGGUCUUUACAGAUCAGACAAUAUGCAUACCUUUCUGAUAGGUCAGGUGCUGUGCCUGGAAUGAAGGAUGAUGGUAUUGGGUAUAAGGUUGAUGCUGGGAAAGAAACUCCAGUAGGGAACACAUCUACUCCUCAGAACAAGCCAAUGACCUGGGAAGAUAUUUUUAUUCAGCAGGAAAAUGAUGCCAUUUUUAAACAGAAUGUAACAGAUGGCAGUACUGAGUUUGAAUUUAUAAUACCAGAAUCUUAUUGAACUCCUGUGAAAUAUCAGAAAGUUUUAGCUUGAAUUUAAGGGGGAGGGAUUUCAGAAGACUUAUAAAACAAAUUAAGGUGAAAAGUGGAUUUGAUCUACCAUGUCAUCUGAAGAUAGUCUAGUUGGAUUAUUUGUUGAUAAUUUUUAGAAACAAAUUAUUCUGAAAGUUUGAGUAGAGAUUAAGAAAUUUUCUCCCCCUCCCAGGUAUAUGUUCAUAUAGUUAGCUUUCAGCUUCAUUUAAAAGGCAGAAAAACAAAAAAAAAAGUACAAACCAAGCUUGGAGAGAUAGUUUCCUGAAUAGAAUUUGAAGCAGUCUGAAUGUUCUUUGAAAAUAACUGGAGUUAUUAGCAAACCCUAGUAUAUCUUACAACUUUCCCCUUCCAAGUUAGCACUUUACUGCUGAAUUCUCAAUUUUGUUAAUAUUGAGACUAUAAAUGUGUGUUGUGUCUUGUAUAUGGCAUAAAAAGUAAACAAGAACUUCUAAAGUUGUUCUGGAAUAUUUCAGAAUGAGUUUCCACUUGGUUGUGUAUUCUGCUAGUCCAAAUGGAUAGCAAUUUCUUUCUUCCCUCCCUCCAUGAAAAUGGCCAUGCAGACCAGACCAGUUUCUCAUCUGAAGAAUGAAUUAGUUUUAGCUAAUUAGAAUUAAAUCUUGCUUUUAUUGCCAUAGUCUAGGAUAAAACUUUGGUGGCUGACUACUGUGUGUGUGUAUAUACACACACAUCUCUGUGUGUGUGUGUGUGUGUGUGUGUGUGUGUGUGUGUAUACCUUUGCAAUAUGGUCUUUGUGGGCAGAAAUAUUACUGAAAAACAAAUCUCCAUAGGACAGGAGAUAAAAAAUUCCGUUGUACUUGUUUUGAAUUCUGUGCUCUCAUUUGAUCGAGACAGUAGAGGUGAAUGGAGAUAUUUCACUUUUGCUCAUUAUGGGGUGUAAAAUAUUAACAUGAAUUUUUUCAAAUUUUUAAUCUGAAAGCCACCAAAUAAACCUUUAUGUAUAAAUCUUUAUAAAUGAUAGAUUCCAUAAAUGAGACUCCUCCAUAUUUUGGGCGGAGGCUGCUGGCAUAUAUUUUUAAACAGUCAUACUUAGAAUCUAGUUUUCUUCUAGAUUUCACCAGUUUGAAAUAGUUGAAUCAGUGAUCUAGUGUUUUCCUUUCAGCAAAACCUUUUAGGUUUUUACCCCUUCUAAAGUCAGUUCCAUUCCAUUGGCAAAUUGCUGCAAUAGGAUAGCAAUCAGAAACUAUAUAUGGAAUGUUAUAUAGGCUUUUUGAUUCCCAUUUAUCUUGAGAACAGUAAAUACCACCUAUCUUCCUUUUAAAAUGACACAUAUUUAAACAUGUAGAAAAUAUAAAAUUAUUGAAGUGCUAGUACUAAAAGGAAGCAGGUUGGAACAAAUAUAUAGCCUAGCAUUUAUAACAGGAUUAAAUUGUUGAACUUCUGUAAAUGACUUUGCAAAGAAAAAAAAUUAAUAGAUAUUGAAAAAGAUUGUUGUGCAUAGUCAUUAGUCAUUUGUAACAUUGCUUAAGUAUUUCUUAAUUCAACAUAGAUAUUUUCUUUCUCCUUAUCCUUAACCAUGUAUUUUUGAAAAUAGUCUAUUUCUUGACUUUGAACUUAAAGCUUUACCCAUAACUUCUCAUGUAUGCAUCACUCUUCAGACAGAUUUGAAGAUAAUGGUUUCAGUGUCUCUUGAGUUUGUAGCUGAGGGUAUCAGGCAUCAGUUUUUGCAGUAAUACAAGGAGAAAGAAAAAUAAUACAAUUCUUUGCUUACCAAGGCUAGAGUGCUGUGCAUCUAUUUGUUUUCUGUUCUGUGAAUCUAAGCCUUCAAACCAUUUUGUAAACACAUUGGAAAAUUUUAAAUUACCUUACUGCUUAAGACUCUGUGGUCUCUGGAAUCAUGCUAUCUAUUUUCUUUCUGUGUAAAUAUUGAUAACAUUGCUCUCUGACUGUAGGGCGCACAAAUUUCAGUGGAAGUUUGAGCUUCACGAGUGUUAUUUCAUCAGUUAGUGGAAACUACUUUUACAAGUGUGAAUGACACUGAUGCCAGCAGAGCUUCCAGAUCUUUCAGACUUAAGUGCUAGGUAAAUUAGUUUGUCAUAAUAAAACUUGGUCAUUUCUACAAGGCUAUUAUGACAAACCAGGAAUUCUAUAACGGAAAACUCUCCAUUCUGCACAAUAUAAUUUUUGUUGCUGCUGUGCGCUACGUAAAUUGUGAAUAUAAAAUUUAAAUUCUGUGCUGACUGAAGGUAUAUUCUGCAAUUUUUUAGGAUGAGGAAAACUGGAAAAUGUUAAUUGUAUUUUUGCCAGAAGACUUUUAUUGGCAUGUAUGUCAGAGUCUUCGGUUUUUUCUAGAAGUUUCUUUUAAGCCAAAGUGGAGAAUUCAUGUGGAAUACUCCUUUAAGGCUAAAACUCUGUCAGUAUUUAUUGGGUUGGAAAUCUGUAGCGAGAUGCUAUUUAAAACUUACGGGAUUUCCCUGUUUUAUACUUAGCUUUCUGGCUAUUGAACAUUUUCCCCUUUCAAGUUGGCUUCAAAUUUGCUCCUAUGCUUAAUUAAUUGCCUUUAAGUAUUCCAGUUAGGAACUGUUUGAAAUAGCAAUUUGUUAAGAGAUAGCAGAAAACGACAAUUUUCAAACUUAACAAAGAUUUAAAAAAUGCCAUAGCAUCCUUGCAAGGUUAAAAUAUAUUUGAAAUGAUCAUUAUCGUUUUGGUGGUGAUGAUCCCCCACAUAAAACUACUGUGAGUAAUUGAUGCUUCAUUUUCCCAUUAUACCAAAAAGGUAAAACAAAUGCACAAAAAAUGAUCAAGGUAUUUUGUAUUGUCAAGGCAUGCAUAGUCUAAAGAAUUAAAUGCUAAAAUCAACAGCACUGGCUUCCUGUCAGUCAUGAAACCUUGUUCAUUUCCACCAAACUGUAAUGUUCACAUGUGUACAACCAUACCUAUCAUGACUUUAAGUUCUACUUUUCAUUAACCAUUACCUGAUAUUAGUUCGUAGAGCUUCUUAUGGCAAAAAUAAAAUGUUUUAAUUCUGAUUUUGGAGUGUAUUUCUUAUAAGAUUCUUUUUCAGAAAUUACAUUUUCAUUGUUUUUCAAUUUUUAUAUCAGGAGACAAGCUGUAUUUCUGAUGACAGCAUGACAAAAUUAUUAGGUUAUUUCUGGUGGUUAAUAGCAUCCCCAUUGUAUCUUGAACCACUGUAGUCUGACUGAGUCAGCUGCUGUCAGUUGCUUUAGAACAUUUAUGCUACUUUAGUGGAUUCCAUGAAGACAGAUGUAAGUGAUAAGGAGGAAGAUAGUUUUAUUAAUCUGAAACAUCACAAAAGCAGUCUGGGUUUCCAACAUGGCAGUGAUACAGAUUUUAAGCAACAUCCAGUUUACACAGGUUCUGGAUUAAUAUUUUAAUGUUUCAUGCCCAGUUCAAUAUUUUAAAGCAGAAUUAGGAAUAAAGCAGUAAAUAUUACAAAAUGCAGUCAAGGUACAUAUUGGAAAUACAAAUUCCUUCAUUACAGCAAAUGUUCUGCAAAAGAGUAAAGCAGCAAAUAUUAAUUUUCCUAAGGUAACAUGCACUUUAUAUAAUUCAAUGUAAUAAAAAAAGAAGCUGCUCAAAUUAAGUGUUACAAAAUCUAUACUGUUUCAAGUUAUUUUGUUGUAAAGUAAGAAAAAUACAUAGAAAUGAGUCAUAGAAUCUUAACACUAAGAAAUGUGAUAAAUGUAGGUUAUAGUGUGUAAUGGUGCCUUUUAAAAAAUGAAAUAGUCAUACACAUUUACUAAAGCAAAAGGUAAAGUGUAAACGGCAAGAAAUUUCAGAGUAUUACAACAAGUUGAUAGUUGUAUGUAAGUCAAUUGGUUAUUAGUCCCUUUUUGAAAUCCGAUAGAAUUUUAAUAUGCUCAAAACUAUAGAAAAUAACAGUAAUUGUAUAUAACGCAAAAGGAUUAUAGUUUUUCAGAUUUGAGAUCUGGAUGAGACAUCAUUCUUGACGUCAGAAGUUAAAUUGAAUGUUUGCAAAUGUUUACUGUGAACAGUAAGUGCACGUGUUGUGCCUUGGUAAUCCUUGAUGGCUGGGUGUCUACAAGGUAGACUAGAGCACCAGCAUUCGCCUGCUACGUAGCGAAAUUGGCCGGAUAUAUGUGUUCUGUGUUUGCACAAUGUCUAAUUAGGUACCGCCUAGGUACCAUCCUGUAGCCCUGUAUUUUUACAUUAUACAAGUGUAGGAUUAGCAAUCUUCCUUUAAGUCAAUCAAGUCUCAGGUUAACAUAAGAUCGCAAUGGAAAGUGUUCAUUUUGAAGUGAAGGCAAGGGUGGCAAAGUGUGGAAUUCGUCGGGUUGAUGGUUUAAAGCUAUGCAUACUCGAAGGAUCUGUACAGCUACCUACUGCAGUGUGCCAGAUGGAUUUUAAAUCUAAGAUAACACUUAAAAGAUUGUCGAGUUGGCUACAUCUAGAGGUUUUUGCAGACUUGAAGCGGCAUUGUAACACUUUCAUAAUCUUGAAUGCUGUCGUGAUUGGUCUCAACAGAAAAAA